AUGGAUGCAGAUGCUAAGGAGUUUAUGGAUGAUGAGCAGUGGAUCAGCCACAUUGCUGACUUACAGGCCGCCCAUUCAUCACAUGUCGCAGGCAUGGUGUAUGGUCGAAGUAUCCAUGAACAAGCUGGCAGCACCAACCACCGGCGGGAGAUGUUCCGGUUAUCCAGCACCGACUGGCAUCAGUUUUUGGGGUUUGCAUCCACAGCCACCACACCAUCAAUAUUAGGCAAGCGUAAACGAGCGCCAUGGGAGGAUGAAGCGGAGGUCAGUCGCAUCGAGCGCCGGCACCAGCUGGCCACCAUGGAUAUGGAAGCAGCCGCGCAGCGAAUGACUGGCCAGGCCACCAUGCGGUUCUGGGGCGUGCAGGACCCGGCCAUUCGGGCCAUCCACAUGUUGUUCAUGGUGCCAGCAUUUGCCGCCCCCGGAGGCACCACCAUCGUCGUGGUCCCACUGGUUGCAUUACGGGCUGAUAUGCAGCGCCGGUGCCGGGAGCUAGGCAUUUCAUGUGUGCCAUGGGAGAGCCGGCGGCCCCCAGAUGCCGCAUCAAUCGUGUUGGUGACGCCCGAAUCCGCGGUCAGCCCCGAUUUCCAGACGUUUUUAAACCAGUUGCGGUGGAUGCGGCGGUUAGACCGCAUCAUGAUCGAUGAAUGCCAUGUGAUGGUAUGGUUGACCGCCACGUUGCCCCCGAGCAUGGAGGAUGAGUUAUGCCGGCGGAUGAAGCAUGAUCGGACCGCUAUGACCAUUUACCGGGCCCAGACGAGCCGUCCGAACGUGGCAUACCGGUGGAUUGAGAGUGAGGCUGUGGUGGCAUUCAUUCAGGACCGUAUUCAACAGGUGGCCGGUGGCAAGGUGAUCAUAUAUGCGAAUAUCAUUGGGCAGGUGACAGCCAUGACGCGGGUAUUGGGUCCAGUCAUCACAGCCAUGAGCGCAUUAGGGAUGGGGGUUGACAUCCCUAAUAUCCGCAGCAUCAUCCACAUUGGCACACCGCGGACGUUAUUAGAUUAUGCGCAAGAAAGUGGUCGAGCAGGACGGGAUGGCCAGCGGAGCGAGGCGAUCAUUAUUCAGCCGGCUGGGUGGGACGCGCCAGCGCCGUGGAUGGAGGGGGUAUUGCCAGAGGAUCAGGAACGAGUCGCAGAUUAUAUGGGGGUGGUGGAAGGGGUUGGGUGUCGCCGGGUGGUGUUAGAUUGGUAUUUGGACGGGGUGGUAGAUGGGUACCAGCGUCAGCAUUGCCAGGAUCAGGAUGGGGCCGAGCAGGCGUGUGACGGGUGUGACCCCGAUUGGGAGGGGCGGGAGGUGGAUCCACCCGGGGUCGGCCGCAGCCAGGUGCCGCGUGAGGCCGGCAGCAUGAUCCAGAGGGAUGCAAGCCCAGAGGCCCCGUGCGAGGCAGGGAGGCAGCGACCCCAGGUUAGCCGCAGCCAGGUGCCGCGUGAGGGCGCCAGCGAGGCCCCGCGUGAGGCAGGGACGAUGGCAGGGAGGGAUGCACCCCUAGCGGCCCCGUGUGAAGCAGGCAGCAUGAUCCAGAGGGAGACACCCCCCAAGGCCCCGCGUGAGGCCCCAGCAGCAUCAGCCAGUCCUACACCAUCCCAUGAUUCAUUUUGCAGCCAGCCAUCCAUUCCCAUAGGCGUAUGGCAUGUCCAGCAGGCCCAGACCCAGCAGUGGGCCGCCAUGGAUAUCCAGCAGCAGCAGCAUCGGACCCAGCAGGGUUUAGAUGAGGAGAUGGCCCAGGCGGAAUGCAUGCAGUGGCAGGACCAAUGUUAUAUAUGCGCCAUGCAGGGGUACGAUAGUAGCCAUGAGUUAUAUUCAUGUCAUCAGCCCCACAGCCAGGCUGCACAGGCAUGGAUGAUUUACGUGCAGCAGCAGGUCUAA